ACAUUUCUCUGCAUGCCCGACACAUAUGUGGGCUUUGGCCCAAAAUUAAGUGUCUAAGUGUUAACCUAACACCUAUCGUUAAUUAUGUGAGGAUGACCCUUCUUCUACGAUCCAGGCACUCAAGCAGGUGGCCGGAUCACACUGGUUAAACCUAUGUGACCAGGUGCACAGACAACCACCAUAUUGGCCGAGACACUCCUGCUCGUGAUAUCUAUCCAUCAAAAGCACAAUGAGAGGACCAACAAAGAACCUGUCACGGACAGCAGUAACUGCAUAGAAUUUGGUUAUAUUACAAUGCGGCCAUGACCAUGAAGUGACCCCUCACAAUACACAGUGCACGCCACACCCUCAUCUUAGACCCGUCUGUGAACAUGAGUCGAAAACUGUCCAUCUAGAGCAGGUCAAAAAUGUCAGGGCAGACUGAAAAUGUUCAAAAUUUCACCAAUCUCACUGAUGCUAUAGAGGACUUCAUAAAAUACAGCAGGAAACAGCAGUGCGCUAAAUGCUCCCAAAAGACUGUCCAUUUGUAUCGAAAUUCCAAAUGCGGUCACCCAUACUGUUCAGACUGCCUCAAAACUAUAACGGUUCCAGUACAGUGUUACGUUUGCCCGGAGAACGUCAGGCAAAAAACGCUUUAUUACGACUUGGCCUACAAGUUCAUGAACGAGUGGGUCAAAAAUAUGUUUCCAGCCGUGAAUCAGGAUCUCUCAAGAAACCCUGAAAACCAGUGGAUACACGACUAUGAAGAAAAGGACAGUAAUGGGGAUUCACAGCUGUCCUCGGAGGUCCAUACGAUACUAAACAAUCCUGAAAGCAAUACAGAAAAAUUGACAAAUCUCCUUAAAAAUGGAGUUAACCCGAAUACUUUAAACAGCAUCCAGCUAUCACCAUUGCAUCAAGCUAUUGAGGCAGGAAAUCUUGAAGUCUUAGAACUACUCCUAGCUGCAGGAGCACAGCCAAAUAGUUAUCGCAAUGAGGAAUCGACCUGUCUUCACGACGCCAUCUCAACAUUUAUUAAUGAUAAUAAUGAAAAUAAAGAGACAAAAGAGAAAAUUAUACGUUCUCUCGUCAAAUAUGGAGCAGAUUUACAAGCGAGAGAUAUCUACGGGGUCACACCGAAAGAAAUAGCCGAAAAGCACCCGGUCAUCUCAGAGAUAAUUAAUUCAUGUGACGAAAUUUCCCCCGUCCCUCAGCCUCCCAGGGUCUUUCCUCCGAAACAGCCGACUUUCUUUGCUUUUUCUAAUGACUCGUAUAAGAAAAAGCUACUUUCCACAUUUUCUCAAAUGUUCAACAUUCAGUUCAAGAACGUGUUUAUGCCCACCACGACACAUUUCAUUGUUGACAGGGAUAAUUUCUAUCCUGAAAAUGAUGCUUUAUUAGCCAUCCUCUCCCAGUGCCAAUUCAUCACAAUGGACUGGAUACUGUAUUCUGUUGCUUUUAAAAGAAUCCAACCACUGGACAUGUUCGAGCCAACUGGGACGCAUGACUGCCCUGGAAGUGAUUGUUUUAAAAAAUCAAGGAUGAAUUAUUUAACAAUGAAGCCAAGGCUAUUCACAGGCGGUUCGUUUUACUUAAGUGAUCCAGUAAAAAAAAAAAAUCGAAUGAGGUAUGAGAAAAUCAUCAAGACUGGAGGUGGCAUUGUCUUAUCAAGUGUACCACAAUCGUCGGACACUGAUGAGAAAGUGAAGACGUUUUUGCACGGGGAAGGAACUCUCAAGAAGUGUUCUACAAUCGUGUUACACACUUUCAAGACGGCCAAAUUUAAAAGUACUGAUCGCAUCAAGCAUUUCCCGAUCCAGUGGAUACACGAGGCCAUUGAAACUUUCUCCGUUAAAGACCCGAGCCAAGCUUUGAUGGAAAAUCUAAUGGACUAAUCAUUUUAAUCCAUUCUUUAAUUUUUAUCAAUAUGCAAAGAAAUUCUCUAUGAACCCUGACACUUUUAUACCUUGUCAUUAAAAAAAAAAUUUUUAAAAAAAAUUAUAAGAAAUCGAUAAACUGUUAUAAUUUAUAUAUAUGCUGUAAUGGAUUGUCCAAGACAUGGUCAACAACAUACAUAAACCUGAUGAUUUUUGAUUCAGGCCUCUUUCAUGCAUAUCUUAAAUAUAAACUUUAUAUAAAAUAUAAAGUGAGAAUAGCAAGGGGCUAAGGAGGCAACCCUGUUGAACACUUGACUUUGAGUUAAAAUAGUCUACAGCUUUGAUAUUUUAUACAACACCCUGAUUAUUUCAAUCGACAUUUCUAGUAAAUAUGUUUGAUAUGUUAAUUUUCAAAUGUAAUCAGUAGUUAUUAUGUGAUUUAUUAUCCAUUUUUUAUGGUAAAGCAAAUAUCUCUAAUUAAACUUGAAUCUUUGAUUUUAUUUACAACAGUCUAAAAACUCCUUUGCUGUUUUUGUGAACAUGAAAGUUAAAAUAAUUGUUUCAUUUAAAUAGCCUAGCUGAUUGAUACAUUUCUUUUUAACGAUUUUUAUUAAAUUCUGACAGCCGAAUUAUUUGUCAUGUUGAACCGCACAGGGUCACUUAAUGGGUCUGUUUCCACUCGCAGGUUUUUGAGUUAUUGAAACAUGUUUCGGCAUUGCUCACAUUCUUCAGCGAGGAACUGAGUUCACUGUAAAUAGUGCAAUGCCGAAACGUGUUUGAAUAAACAACUCAAAAACCCGCGUCGAGAACAGACCCCAUGCCGGUUCAACACGAGUGACUCGCAGACUAAAACCCAUCAUCAACUAGAAUUAUUUGUGAUAGAACUUUCCAAUUUAGUGAUUGGCGUCUACCACUUGUGCUGUAUUUUUAGAGAAAUUGUUGAAUUUUUGUUUAAAAGUUAUGGUUGGAUUAGUCACCUAUAACCUAUACGGAUGUUAAAAUCUCUAAUGGCAAAAUUACUGGGUUUAUAUUUUUCAUGAAUACUUAUAGUUUGAAAAUCAUUGUCCCAGUUUUGCCAUAUAUAUCCAUUUAGGGGUAAAUCCGUAAUUUUUUAUUAUUAGUUUUAAAUAAAAGAGGCUUAUCAAAAUGUUUUAAGAUGUACAAAAUUGUUAAUUAAAGUCUUGAUC